AUGAGCACCACCACGAGUUUUCCGCAGGCUUUCAGCUCGUUGAUUCAACGGGAAGUGAAGGCGAAGAUCAACCCCACCGCUAGCUUUCCUUGCAUGCUGCACCAAUGCUUGAGUGACAUUGAAGAGCUUUGCAAGCGCGAUCCUGCCAUGCACAAGUUGAAUGAGAUUGUGUCCUGGCAAAAGCAAGGCGCUGCGUUUCGAGUUCAUGACAAGAAGCGAUUUGAAGACUUGAUCAUGCCAGUCUGGUUCAUCCGGCUCAAGUACAGCAGCUUCAUCCGUCAGCUGAGUCUCUUUGGCUUUAAGAAGAUCCACAAGGACACCAAGGAUGCUCAGAAAGGAGCCAUGUACCACUCGCUCUUCCUUCAGGGACGUCCAGACCUUGCCCAUGGGAUCCACAAGAUGGGAAAGAACAAACCCCAAUACCCUCAGCUCCAGCUGAUGCAGCAGUUUCAGUUGCAGCAGCAGCGCCAGCAACAGCGCCAGCAACAGCGCCAGCAGCAGCAGAAAGCAUGUGCCACUCCCAAGCUGUGCCAGCCCUUGUGUCUCCCUCCUUGCCCUCAAGCUCUACCUGAGCAGAAGCAACAGGAAAAGUCUCUCAAGUUGGACAACAACAACAACAACUGCCUUUCCAACAGCCUCAGCUUUCUACAGAGAGCCGUCCCAGCUGCGCGGCAGCAAAUGCAUCACUUGCAGGGCAACGCCCGUUUUGUGCUGCAGGGAAGUGCCACCAGCAAUACCGGUACCCGCGGUGUCAAUGGACUGGUCAACCUUCUCUCCGAGAACAUCUUUGCCACAUUCAAGAGCGUUGAAGACGACCUAGAAGAGAUGCCAGAGAUUGAUACUUCCAACCUAGUCAUGCAUCAGCAUACCCAAGCUGAUGCUGAUGCUGAUGCUGAUGCUGAUGAUAACAUCCACGCCAACUGCGACAGUGCAACCAACGGCAAUCCCCUCGUCAGUUUGGUCCUUCAAAACAUGGACCUCAGCUUCCCGCUACCAGGAGCCAACGACUGUCACUCGGACCAAACAGCCCAACAAGACGACCACGAGUUGCUUCUCUUAUCAGAUCUUUUGGAGCCGACGCCCCUCCCCCCUCUAGCCUCCUCUUCUUCCGCGGCUUCUAGUAAUAACCACCACCAACACAACGCAUCCUAUUCUGCAGUCAUGGAUCAGCUCUUGGAGGCACAAGGCGUUACCUGUACAUUUGAUGCACACAAGAAUCAAGGAACCACCACCAAGACACAGCAGACACAAGGAUGGAACAACACUAUCGCAUCAGACAUGGACCAGCUGCUGGCGUUUGCGCCGCUCGAGAUGGAUACCGGUAGUGCGGGCUGGUAG